UUCAAUUGAAUUGAUUAAAACUACGAUACUCCUUUCUCACCAAUUGAAGAAAGAAUAUUGAAAGUGGUUGACUAAGUUUGCCUUUUAAGUUCAUUAAAACUACAUUAUUUUGAUAUCAUAUACUGCGAAUAACCAGCAAAGUAUAACGCUGCGAUUUCAGCAGGGACGAGCUCGGCGUAAUGAAAUUCAAAGUUCGAACACCCAAAACCCUAAUGAGAAAAUUCCUAACUAAAGCCUUCUCCUCCUCCUCCUCUGUAACCCCUAUUCUUCAACCUCCGUGCCACAAUGGCAGCCUUCGAUUGCCGCUCUUCCCGCCCCCAAUCCCUCCAAACCUGGGCCAAAUUCCACAUAUCAGCUCAAUUUCCAGGUGGGUUUUCACAAAUUCUGUCCCACCGCCAGAGUGGGUUCAACCCUUUAUCGACGUCUCCGAUCUCAUCACAGACCCCAAAAACCUCCAGCCCUCGCCCUGGGUUCGCCAAAUUCUCAACCUCUUGGAGAAUUCCCCCAGCAUGGAGCACAACUUGGAGACUUAUUGCCGCAGGUUCCUGAUCAAAUUGUCGCCCAGCUUCGUGGCUUUCAUGUUGUGUUCCGAGCCGCUUCGCGACCGGUUUGACGUGGCUCUGCGGUUCUUCCAUUGGGCCGGUAAGCAAAGGGGUUAUGCUCAUAAUCUUGAAUGCUAUGUUUCUUUGAUCGAUGUACUGUCUGCGUCUGGUGAUAUGGAUAGAAUUAGAGGCGUGUUUGCUGAACUUAAGGGUAGGGGAUUCUUGAUGAAUGUCUCAUCGGCGAAUUCUUUGAUCAGAAGUUUUGGAGGUCUGGGAAUGGUGGAGGAGCUGUUGUGGGUGUGGCGUCAAAUGAAGGAAAAUGGGAUUGAACCGAGUUUGUACACGUAUAACUUUUUGAUGAAUGGGUUGGUGAAUUCGCUGUUUAUUGAAUCUGCAGAGCGGGUUUUUGAGGUGAUGGAAGGUGGGAAAAUUAGCCCAGAUUUGGUGACAUAUAACACAAUGAUUAAAGGGUAUUGUAAGUUGGGAAAGACCCAGAAAGCAAUGGAGAAAUUUAGAGAUAUGGAGGUGAGAAAUGUGCAACCUGAUAAGAUCACUUACUUAACUUUGAUGCAGGCGUGCUAUUCAGAAGGGGAUUUUGAUUAUUGUUUGAGUCUUUACCAGGAAAUGGAAGAGAAAGAAUUGCAGAUUCCUCCUCAUGCUUAUAGUUUAGUCAUCGGAGGGCUUUGCAAGGAUGGAAAGUAUUUGGAAGCCUAUGUUGUUUUUGAAAAUAUGAUUCAGAGAGGUUGUAAAGCUAAUGUGGCAAUAUUUACUUCUUUGAUUGAUUCAUAUGCAAAAUGUGGGAACAUGUCAGAGGCUCUAAGACUUUUUGAGAGAAUGAAGACCGAUGGGUUUGAGCCUGAUGAAGUAACCUAUGCAGUAAUUGUUAAUGGUUUAUGUAAAAGUGCAAGGGUGGAGGAGGCUGUGGAGUAUUUUGAAUUCUGUAAAGGAAACAAUGUUUCAGUUAAUGCUGUCUUCUACUCAACUCUUAUUGAUGGUCUUGGGAAGGCUGGAAGAAUAGAUGAAGCUGAGAAACUUUUUGAAGAAAUGGUUGAGAAGGGAUGCACACCGGAUUCUUAUUGCUAUAAUGCACUUAUUGAUGCUUUAGCUAAGAGCAGUAAGAUUGAUGAAGCAUUAGUGCUCUUUAAGAAAAUGGAAGAUGAAGGUUGUGGCCAGACUGUGUAUACGUAUACCAUAUUAAUCAGUGGAUUAUUCAAAGACCAUAGAAAUGAGGAAGCAUUGAAGUUGUGGGAUUUGAUGAUUGAUAAGGGUAUUACUCCUACUUCGGCUUGUUUUAGAGCUCUUUCAAUUGGCCUUUGCCUUUCAGGCAAAGUAGCAAGAGCUUGCAAAAUUCUUGAUGAGUUAGCACCAAUGGGGAUAAUUCCAGAAGCAGCUUUUGAAGAUAUGAUCAAUGUUUUGUGCAAAGCUGGCCGUAUUGAGCAGGCUUGCAAGUUGGCUGAUGGAAUUGUCGAUAGGGGUCGAGAAAUACCAGGGAGAACUCGCACAAUUUUAAUAAAUGCCUUGAGGAAAGCAGGCAAUGCAGAUUUGGCCAUGAAGUUGAUGCAUAGUAAGAUCGGGAUUGGGUAUGACAGGAUGGGUAGCAUUAAAAGAAGGGUGAAGUUUCGAGUUUUGAUGGAUAGUUGAUUCUUAGAUUAUGGGUGUUGUAACACCUUGCUCCCCUGGAGCGUUAAAAAUUACUAUAUAGCUCGUGAAUGAUAAAUGGAAAAUAUGGGCUCCAGAGGUUCAAUUGAAGGGAUAUUUCCGCACCCAUAAGAGUUUAUGUGAUAAGUUACAUGAAGUAAGAGAGGUUGGUGACAACUUUGAUCAGAUUGACGGCUGUAUGAGACAGAUGAAAUGUCUAGCUCUUCUCCACCCUAGGACAAGAGGACAGAAUUACGAUUACGUAAGGCAACUUAGCAUUUCCCCAAGUUUUUUGGUAAUCAGUAACGCUUUGGGAGAGCAGGGCAUGACAUGUGAACUGGAUGCUUUGAGGUUUUGUGUGUGCUUGGAACCUCCUAGGAAGGAAUACAAGGACCUUUGCUCUAACUCUUAAGACAUGGAGUAAAAAAGGUUGCACAUUUUGCUACCUGGACCGGAUCAACUUAGACUAUUUAACACAGCAUGCCACUCUUGCAAUGGGAUCCUUUUUGUGUUCCAAAGGUUACUGCUUAUGUAUUUAUGUUUUGGACCAGCUUUUGGUACUGGGUUGUGGUGUUCUGUUUGCAGCGACAGUAGAUUAUCAAGCAUCUGAUACGAUUAGAAGUAAUGUUUCUGAAGCACCAAAAGCCUUGUUUACUGCAUCAUCCAUGGACUGUCAGUACGUGGAAGGAGGAUUGUCACUAGAAUUCACAAUCUCCAGGCCUAAGUUAAAUGGAGUUUGGUGUAGGUUAUGAAUUUUAAAAUUCUUUAAGCAGCCAAAUUUGCAAUGCUGAAAAGAAAGUUGCUUCAUCGUCGUAUAAGGGAAAAAUUACUGUUUGCCAACUGAACUACAUAAAGAACAUGUAUCCUAAUUUGAUUAGGGUGCUUCUGAGAUCUAAAGAUGAGUCUUCUGCUGCCGGGUCCGCUAGUGUGAAAUGCACUUGACAUUGCUGAUGCAUGUUAAGCUGGCAUUUCCAUGUUUUGAACUUCUGACACCCACGUUGCUGUGGUUUGACGGGGAAGAAGUAUGCUUGUUGGGUUUGUUAUUUGGGCUGGUAUGCCUAAUAUUACCCAACAACGGACAGCCAGAAAGACCUCUUAUAGUCCUUCCAAUUUUCUGACGCGGAACGUGAUAUCUACUGUCCUGGACAAGCAAGAAGGAAUGUCAUGGCAAAAGUGAUUUCCCAACCAAAUUCAAGGUAAACCCUAUCCAAUUUAUCUCCAUCCAGGAUUCCUCGAUGAGUCCUUGCUCGAAUUUGCUUUAACAACCACUGAUAAAGUUAACGUCAGCAAGAGUGACUGAAUAACAAAGUGAUAGCUUCUCAACUAGAAUACUAGAUCGCUUGCACGAUAUGCUGUCUUUUUCUUUACUAAGGAGUAAGGAUUGCUUUUCCUUGUCCCUUCUUUUUCUACUAGCGGAUAAGAUUGUAGUGGUAACCUUUCAAUUCCCUACCGAACUUACAAAAGUCAGCUUUUGAUCGAGCUUAUUGAGAAAUAUCCCGGGAUGCUGUUGAACCAACAUGCAUCUCAUUUUUCGACA